AAACCUCAAAGUCUGGUGUACAGAAAUCUGUCUUCUGGACUUUUUUUAGUCCACAGUUGGCUUCUUCUUUCCUCCACCUCUGAGCCUUCCUGCUCAGUGGGUCUCUCUGAUAAAGAGGUAAAGGAGGCCAAAGUCAGCCUGGGACCUCUUUGUAAGACUGUUGAACCUGAGUCCUCGCCAGGUGGGUGGGUGGCCUUUGCACUGCUUCUUGUAGCUGCUGCAUUAGCGUUGACUGCAUUGGGAGUGAUGUACCACAGAAAGAAAGUGAGGAACGCCCAAUCAGGAAGAGACCAAAUGGAUGGGAACGGCUUAAGUGAGACUGAAAAACUUUUAGCAGGAGAAGUGGUGCAGCCAACGUCCAUUUCAGAAGCUAGAAAUCAUUAUGUUAAUGUUAAACUUGAGGACAGAAACAACCCAUACCUCAAGGUUGUAGGCAACAGAGUGAGAGAGGCCCACCCAGAUGAUCUUCCUGGAAAGUCUUUUCCUGAUGGAGAGAUGGUUACCUGUGUCACAGCUAUCAAAGGAACAUCUGGCUUCUCUUCUGGAAAACACUACUGGGAGGUUUCUAUGAGGAUAGAUGAGAAGCUAGGCAUCAAACAGUCCUGGUGGGUAGGAGUUACAAGUGCAGCUGAAAUCCCCAGUAAUUCAUCCACAUCUUUUCCAAACACAUCGAAUGGUUUCUGGUUUCUGUCUUCGUCUCCCAAAAGAGCAAAUAGUUUUCAGUUUAGCACACAACCUGAGAUUUUAAUACCUUUCCAUUCAAGACCAGAGACGGUCGGUGUGUAUUUGGAUCGUGACAGUGGUGAGCUUUCAUUUUAUAAUGUAGAAGAGAAAACACUAAUUGGAUCUUUCACGGCUACAUUCAAAGGUGACAUCUUUCCAUUAUUUAACCCUGGAAAAGGUGACGCAUCACCUAUGGAGGUGGUACAGAGGGAAGUACAGAGUCAAACAGGUGAUGAAGGAAACUGUGCAGAAUCAGUUGAGAACAAGACUGAAACUUAAUAUUGUAAGUAAGGAAAACUGUACAAGCUGAAACAUUUUCUUUGUUUUUAUGGGAAAAGUAACGAAUGACCUCACAUUACUUUUAUACUGACUUACUGAGACCUUUAAAUCCAUCAAUUCUGUCUCAUGUUCAGGUUAUUUAUACCGUUUAAAAAUUUGGAGGUCAUAUUAACUCAAACUCCAUGGCUGCAACAUCAUUUUAUGUAAAUAUAAUUGAAACUAUGAAUUUCUUGCUUAUGGUUAAAAAAGUUAAAUAAUAUCUAUUAAAAUUUAGGCAGGCAAACAAGAAAGAAAACCUUUAUGCCUUUAACACAUUCGAUUCCAAGUGGAGGCAAAAUACGAUAAACAAAAUGAGUACUGCUGUGGAGGUUUAAUCAUCAAAUUUUCUAGCUGACAUAAAACUGAAUGAAGAGACGUAAAUGUGUGCAAUUUAUGUUUCAUUUUUAAUCUGAAAUAAUCAUGAAGAGAAGUCCAAAAAGUGAAUCAAACAUUAAGCAAGUACGAAUAAAAUAAAGUUAAAUGCAAGAAUUAAGAGCAAGAUUACAAAAUAUAUA